CGGACCCGGCCCCAUGGCGCGGGGGGACGCGGGCCGCCGGCUUCUGGCGCUGAGCUUCUGCCUGCUGGCCACGCGCGGGGAGCUACCAUUACCCCAGAAGACAACUGUUGAGCUGAGCUGUGACAUAGGGCCACUUCAAGUGAUCCUGGGCCCCAAGCAGGCUGUGGUGCUGGACUGUAGUCUGGGGGCUGCUGCCACGGGACCACCGAGCAGGGUGACAUGGAACAAAGAUGGGGAUGUCAUGCUGGAGCAUGAUCACCUACACUUGCUCCCCAAUGGCUCCCUGUGGCUGUCCUCACGUCUGGAACCUGAAGACAGGAAUGAUGAGGAAGCCCCUAGGUCCCAGAAGGUUAUUGAGGGCAGUUAUUCCUGUCUGGCCCAUGGCCCUCUGGGAGUAGUGGCCAGCCAAGUUGCUGUGGUCAAGCUUGCCACACUUGCACACUUCUCUCUGCACCCGGAGCCUCAGACAGUGGAGGAGAAUGGGACAGCUCGCUUUGAGUGCCACAUCGAGGGUCUGCCAGCCCCCAUCAUUACUUGGGAAAAGGACCAGGUGACAUUGCCUGAGGAGCCUCGGCUCAUCACUCUUCCCAAUGGCGUUCUCCAGAUCCUAGAUGUUCAGGAUGGUGACACAGGCUCCUACCGCUGUGUGGCCACCAACUCAGCCCACCGGCGCUUCAGCAGCGAGGCCCCACUCAGGGUGGCCCUCAGAGGGUCCCUGGUGGCCACCAGGGGUCAGGACGUGGUCAUUGUAGCAGCCCCAGAGAACACCACGGUGGUGUCAGGACAGAGUGUAGUGAUGGAGUGUGUAGCCUCCGCUGACCCCACACCUUUUGUGUCCUGGGUCCGACAGGACGGGAAGCCCAUCUCCACCGAUGUCAUAGUCCUGGGCCGUACCAAUCUACUCAUCGCCAGCGCGCAGCCGUGGCACUCCGGCAUCUACGUCUGCCGGGCCAACAAGCCCCGCACGCGGGACUUCGCCACCGCUGCUGCAGAGCUCCGGGUCCUGGCGGCUCCUGCCAUCUCGCAGGCGCCCGAGGCGCUCUCGCGGACCCGGGCCAGCACCGCACGCUUCGUGUGUCGUGCGUCAGGGGAGCCACGGCCCGCGCUGCGCUGGCUGCACAACGGGGCACCGCUGCGGCCCAACGGGCGCGUCAAGGUCCAGGGCGGCGGCGGCAGCUUGGUCAUCACGCAGAUCGGCCUGCAGGACGCCGGCUUCUACCAGUGUGUGGCGGAGAACAGCGCAGGCACCGCGUGUGCAGCUGCGCCGCUGUCGGUAGUGGUGCGCGAGGGGCUGCCCAGCGCCCCAACUCGGGUCACCGCCACACCUCUGAGCAGCUCGGCUGUUUUGGUGGCCUGGGAGCGGCCUGAGCUGCACAGCGAACAAAUCAUUGGCUUCUCCCUCCACUACCAAAAGGCACGGGGUGUGGACAAUGUGGAGUACCAGUUUGCAGUGAACAAUGACACCACAGAGCUGCAAGUUCGGGACCUGGAACCCAACACAGACUAUGAGUUCUACGUGGUGGCCUACUCCCAACUGGGGGCUAGCCGCACCUCCAGCCCAGCCCUGGUGCAUACUUUGGAUGAUGUCCCCAGUGCAGCACCCCAGCUUGCCCUGUCCAGCCCUAACCCUUCGGACAUCAGGGUGGCAUGGCUGCCCCUGCCCCCCAGCCUGAGCAACGGACAGGUGGUGAAGUACAAGAUAGAGUUCAGUUUGGGAAGGGAAGAAGACCAGGUUUUCUCCACUGAAGUACCAGGAAAUGAGACCCAGCUUACGUUAAAUUUGCUUCAACCGAACAAGGUUUACCAAGUCCGAAUUUCGGCUGGCACUGGCGCCGGCUAUGGGACCCCCUCCCAGUGGAUGCAGCACAGGACACCUGGUGCGCACAACCAGAGCCAUGUCCCCUUUGCCCCUGCAGAGUUGAAGGUGCGGGCAAAGACGGAGUCCCUGGUGGUGUCAUGGCAACCGCCCCCUCACCCCACCCAGAUCUCUGGCUACAAAUUGUACUGGCGUGAAGUGGGGGCAGAGGAGGAGGCUGAUAUUGACCGUCCUCCUGGCGGCCGCGGAGACCAGGCUUGGGAUGUAGGGCCGGUCCGGCUCAAGAAGAAAGUGAAGCAGUAUGAGCUGACCCAGCUAGUUCCUGGACGAUUGUACGAGGUAAAGCUUGUGGCAUUCAACAAACACGAGGAUGGCUACGCGGCAGUGUGGAAGGGCAAGACAGAGAAGGCACCCACGCCAGACCUGCCUAUCCAGAGAGGGCCACCUCUACCUCCUGCUCACGUCCAUGCUGAGUCAAACAGCUCCACCUCCAUUUGGCUUCGGUGGAAGAAGCCAGACUUCACCACCGUCAAGAUUGUCAACUACACUGUACGUUUCGGACCCUGGGGGCUCAGGAAUGCCUCCCUGGUCACAUACUACACCAGCUCUGGAGAAGAUAUCCUCAUUGGCGGGCUGAAGCCAUUCACCAAGUACGAGUUUGCCGUGCAGUCCCAUGGCGUGGACAUGGAUGGGCCUUUUGGCUCUGUGGUGGAACGUUCCACCUUGCCUGACCGGCCCUCCACUCCUCCUUCUGACCUGCGUCUGAGCCCCCUGACACCAUCCACUGUCCGGCUGCACUGGUGUCCCCCCACAGAACCUAAUGGCGAGAUUGUGGAAUAUCUGAUCCUCUAUAGUGACAACCACACUCAACCGGAGCACCAGUGGACGCUGCUCACCACAGAGGGAAACAUCUUCAGCGCAGAGGUACAUGGCCUGGAGAGUGACACUCGGUACUUCUUUAAGAUGGGGGCUCGCACAGAGGUGGGACCUGGGCCCUUCUCCCACCUGCAGGAUGUGAUCACUCUCCAGGAGACACUCUCAGACUCCUUGGAUGUGCACUCCGUCACGGGCAUCAUCGUGGGUGUCUGCCUGGGCCUUCUCUGCCUUCUGGCCUGCAUGUGUGCUGGACUUCGACGAAGCCCCCACAGGGAAUCCCUCCCAGGUCUGUCCUCCACAGCCACCUCUGGGAACCCAGCACUGUACUCCAGAGCCCGGUUGGGCCCCCCGAGUCUCCCUGCUGCCCAUGAGCUGGAGUCCCUCGUGCAUCCCCACCCUCAGGACUGGUCCCUGUCACCCUCAGAUGUGGAGGACAAGGCUGAGGUGCACAGCCUUAUGGGUGGCAGUGUUUCAGACUGCCGAGGCCACUCCAAGAGAAAGAUCUCCUGGGCUCAGCCAAGUGGACCGAGCUGGGCAGGCUCCUGGGCAAGCUGUGAGCUGCCCCAGGGAUGUUCCAGGCCUGCUCUGACCCAUGCCCUGCUGCCUCCAGCUGGAACUGGGCAGACAUUAUUGCUCCAGGCGCUGGUGUAUGAUGCUAUAAAGGAAAAUGGGAGGAAGAAGCCUCCCCCAGCCUGUAGGAACCAGGUGGAGGCCGAGGUCAUUGUCCACUCCAAUUUCGGUGCAUCCAAAGGGAGCCCUGACCUCCAUCUCCAAGGCCUGGAACCUGAGCCUGAAGAGCCCUUGCCUGCAGAGACUCUGGCUCCCACCUCUGGGGUUGUGGAUAUGUCACAAGGGGGAGACUGGCUGGGCAGGGAGCUGGAAGGGUGUGAGCAGGAAUCCCCUGGGCCAGAUAGGCUCACCUGCCUACCAGAGGCAGCCAGUGCUUCCUGCCCUUGCCCAAACCUCCAGCCCAGCAAGGCUCUUGAGGAGGCCCCUGGGAACAGCCAACCCAAAGCCCUGUGCCCUCAAAGCGUUAGCCCAAGCCUGCCCAGGGCCCCUGUCUCCUCCUCUCCUCCACUCUCCUGAGCAGAAGGUAUACUUUGAGGCAGGUUCUUAUGGCCCACAGGACAUCAUGACAUGCAUGGCCACACAUAUACAUGUGUGUAUUGCAGAUAUCAACAAGCUCUUUGGCACCUCUUAAGAUGCUUUGGCUAGGAGGAGAAGAACUUUACUCACUCCCCUAUAUUCUGUGACAUGUUUGUGAUACAGAAAAGACAUGAGACACAGCUCUGUAUGGACACGUGUGAAGUCAUGUGUAUAUACUGGUUAGUGAGCUGGGAAACAUUACCCCUCUUAUGUAGUGGUCAGUGUGGUCUAAUUGAUCAUCCAGGACAGGACAGUGUGCCCAGUGAUCAGUGCCAGCCCUGAGGGCCACACCUUUGUCACCCAGCCUUUAUUACACACUCUAAGAGUGUCUCUAAUGCCCUGUCUACAAAGACAGUCCCAGCCCCUCUGCUCUUGGCUAGGCUGAGCCGAGUGCCAUUCGAUCCUGCAGGCCUAAUGUUGUAACUUGCAGCGACAUGGCCUUCAUCCCCAGGCCUUCUAAGGCUCAGCUCCCCUCUCCUUCACGCAACUCUGCACCUGAUUGUAAUUUGGGAAGUGCCUGGUUUGAGAAAUCUGCUUUCUCUCCCUGUCCCCUCUUCUGUCUCCCUUACUGCUCUAGUGAUGUGUCUUUUCACCUGGCUCCCCUGGUUCUGGGUCACUUCUCCUCCCCCUGAUAUCUUUCCUUCCCUCACUUCCGUUUCCCCUUCUCUCCAGCUCUCUUCUGUCUCUCUUGCCUGUCACUGUAUCCUUUGCUUCUCCUCCCUGAGUUCAACCUAUGCAUCCUUCCCUAACAACAUGACUACCUCAUGGCGUUUCAGGCCAUAGUGUGACCCUGUGUCCCUACUACUUCUCUGCCAACCCCCUCCCUGGACAGAUGGCCCACUCUAGAAAGGAUUAGAAAAGACCCUCUAGAUUCCCUGGAGGGUUUUCCAGGGAACUGAUGAAUCCAGACUGCACUGGGGAAUUUUGAGAAGGGGAAAGGGACUGAAACCCUGAGGGUUGGAAUAAAGUGACUGCCUCCCUCCUGCACAAGAAAGCAGGUUUGCACUACACCAUCUCCAGGCCUGGCUGAAGUUAAAGAGGGUGAGGGGAGUGGAGUUAGGGGAGCCGUGGCCCAGAUCCUUACCCCUUGAGCUUUGAACCUGACUGGAUCUGAGGUAGGAAGAGUCUCCUCCAAGAUACUAGAAGGGAGGUCUUUGCUCAAGAAAAAAAAGAAUGACUGGCUCAUUUUGUUUUGUUUUCCUUUAAAUUGAAUCCAAAAUCAUCUUCUGUUGACUUUCCACACAGGGACAAGCUUGCCUUGUAUUUCCUGUGUCGUGAAAGACAUGUCAGCUGUUUGAUUUCUUAUCUCAGCCCUCAGCCCUCUUCCAGGAGCAUAGAAUGUGGGGUAUUUGCUGCCUCACAAUGCAUUUUAACUGAUCGGCACAUUAAGCGUUAACUCUGGCAUCUAGGCCAAAUUAGAAAUAACCAGGCUAUCUUCUAUACCCCCCCCUCGGUCUCUCUCGGUGAAAUGUCUUUCAGCAGAGUUGCAGCCUCCUCAGCCCUUGAAAGCAUCUGUGUUUAUUACCCUCGGGUGUCACUCAUAUUUGACACCUCACCUACAUUUCCCCCUCCUCAGCCAGCCUAUGAUAACACUAAAGAUUAUUAAUGUCGGUUUCAUAUCUCGUUAAAGGCAAGAUUGUCACUUGUACUACUUCUGUAGUGUUCAGUGUGGCCACAGCCAACACCACUUGUGUAUGUUUUGUCAUUUCUCUGAAGGUCAAAAGCUUCAUUUUAUUUUGCUGGUUUGAUUUUUUUUUUUUAGAAAAAAAAAAUCUGCUUUGAAUGAAAUAGCCAUUUUAACAGUAGGCUCUUAGCAUUACACCACAUAGUCAUUUUUCAUGUUCUUGUUUAACAGGCACUGAGGUUCUGGUUUAAAUUAAAUAACUGCAAAUGAGACAAUUUAUAACCCAUUAGGUUGGGUGGAAAAUUGUUUCUCAAAAGCAAAUAAGUAAUAAAUCUGAUAUCUGCCUAUAACUCACAGUUGAUAAGAGAGUAGCCAUUACUCAACUAGUGUUAUAUAUGAUUUGGGCUCUGAGUAAUUGGGAAGUGUUAGGUUCGUGUCUUUGUAGCUGCGGUUUUUAUUAGAAAGGAGUCUAUUGGCCUUUUACAGGGUAUUAAUCCCUUUGUCACCUACCAUGGAUGCCUUAAGCUCUUUUGAGUCUCAUUUAAAAAUCUUCCUUUUCUUGAUGCAUGACACAUGUACUCAAUGCUUACUUGCUCAUUUAAUUGUCUAUGCUUAGUUUAUGCUGUAUUAUUUAUAUUUUUCCAGCAUCUUUUCUCCUCCAUACAAAUAUGAUAUUCUUUAGCGUUACACUAAGGCAUUGAUCAUGUAUCUGUCCCUGUAAUGAAUUAAUAAACUAUU